GCGUUUCCUAACUUUAUUUCAAGUAGUUGUGCAAUCCGUAUUAUUAUAAAUACGGAUUUCACAAUCAACAGAAUAGUUGCUGCGACACUUUCGGCCAGGAAGGUGGUCGAAAAUUCAUCAUUCGUUUUUGUCUCUAGUGGAUGGAAUCUGAGCUCUUCGACUAUGAACACGCUUCAUCAGGUGCCGCCUCUUUCUAUCCCGCUCAAUGUUCCUCUCUUAAGAAAGGGGGGUAUGUAAUUAUCAAGAAACGGCCUUGCAAAGUUGUCGAAUUGUCGACUUCUAAGCCAGGAAAACAUGGUCAUGCUAAGGUAAAUUACGUUGGUUUGGACGUUUUUACAGGACGAAAGUAUACUGAUUGUGCACCAUCUAGCAGUAACGUACAUGUUCCUAAUGUGAAAAAGGGGAACGCUCAGUUGAUCGGUAUUGGAGAAGACGAUUUCGCCCACCUGCUGAUCAGCGGCCGAACGAAGGAUGACAUCCGCGUACCAGAUGGUAGUCUUGGUGACGAUGUUCGCGCCAUUUUUGACCAGGAUGGAGAAGCCCUGGUAACUAUAUUAUCUGCGUGUGAUGAAGAAGCAAUCGUUGCCGUGAAAGCGUGUCCACCAAGCUACGGAUCGGGUUGAAAGACGUCCACCAGAGAAAGCAUCGAGAUUGGUUGAGUCUACCAUGUCAUUGGAUCUCAUGCCACCGAUUGCUAUUUUUAUUGUUACAUUGAAAAAAUGAUUUUAUAAUGAAUACAAAUAACAUAUUUUUAUUACAUUUAAUUAUUAUUUCAUUUGUAACGUACAAAAUAUCAUUAAUAUAAUAAUCAUCAACAACAGCGUCAUCGUCAUCAUCAUAAUCGUCAUCAUGAACAUGAUCAUAGUCAUCACACUCAUCAUCAUCAUCAUCAUAAUCAUCAUUCACACCCCACCAACAAAACAACAUAAUUAUUGUAUCAUCUUCAAUAUUCUCAUCGUCGUUUUACUUAUUAUCUUAAAGGAAUGCAUGAUAAAAUAAUAUAGUUAGCGUUAGCAUGAUUUUGAAGUACAUACAUUAAACAUUAGUAUACUAUUUGAUUCAAUUUCUCUAAGAAGCUCUACUACUUUGACAUAUACCUGCACAUAUUUUCUAUCUUUGUGUCAUUAUCCCAUUUGAAACUACGGACCAUCGUCUUAACGAUUGUAUUCAUCUUCACUGUCAAUUCUCUAAUAGUGUCUCUGUGAUCACCCACUUUUUUCCAUGAUUAAAAACACACUUUUUCUCUGGUCCCACAUCUUAAGCCCUAUAAAAAAUAACAUUUUAUUUGAAAAAAGUGGCGUAUCUAGAAUCUUUAAAUAGGGGUGCUGAUGGGGGGGGGGGUCGAUGAUCAGUUGUCACGGGCGCUAAUUCGGAAAAUAAUGUGAUUUUAAACUACUUAACCGUGAUCUUUGUGGGGGGGGGGGGACGCGUAUUUUUUGUAAGGGCGUGCGCCCCCCUCCCCCACGCACACUCCUAGAUAAGCCACUGUUUGACAAAAACAUUUGGCUUCUAAAUAUGAUGACAUCACAUCAUGACCAUAUACAGGCACAUCAUCACCAUAUAUAGGCACAUAAUGACUAUAUAUGGGAUGCAAUAGUUGGUCUAGAAUAUUUGAUAGUCUGGACAGAGCUUUCAAUACGUCAUUGUUUAUGUCUUAUUAAUAGGUCCAUGGUUUAUGAUGUGAUGUUUCUGAUAUAUUUUGUUAUGCGUUUAUACUGCUCAAUAAUAUUGAAUAAUUCAUCCUUACCGGUUAGGGUAUAUCAUCAAUUUUAUAUCAUUAAAGAUUGAAGAUUAAAAUUUG